AUGUUGGGGGAACUGAUAUUUCUUCUGAGGGGUUUCCUUGGGGUUCUUGCUUCUUCUGGUACCAUAGGAGCCAUCUUGGCUUGGCUGAUAAGCUUUAAGCCAGCCUUGUUUGGCUUCCUCCUCCUCCUGCUGCUGCUUAGCAACUGGCUGGUCAAAAAUGAACUCAAUCAGGCUCCCUCCCAGACCCAGAGGGAGGCAGAAACAGCCAUGGCUCUGGAAGUCAAUCCCAAUGACAUCUCCAUGAACCAGAAAGAGCUGGAAAGAAUGAAUGCUUGCUUCGCUCUCCAGGACAAGAUCCUUGAACGGCUGUUGUUCAGUGAGAUGAAGCUUAAGGUCUUGGAAAACCAGAUGUUCGUCAUAUGGAAUAAGAUGAAUCGCCGCCGGUGGGCCAGCAGGCACCGGAACUUCUCCAGGAGGAGGCACAGGACGAGAAGGAAUGAGUCCACUUUCUCCACAGUCUCUAACUAUACUACCAAUACCCCCACUGAAUGUGAUUGA